GCGUUUGUCAACUGUUCCGGUUCAACAAAAAAACAAAACAUAAGCAGACGAGACGAGUAGUGUUGUCAUUCUACGUUGACAAGGCACGGGCUUUUCGGACAAAUCCAAAAUGCAUGGAAGACUCAAGGUGAAGACAACCAAGGAGCAGGAGGAGGAGAAGCGACAGAAACGUGCUCAGAAAGUCAAGCAGUACAGAGCGGCAUUUGGCAGGAUUGUUGAAAAGAGGCAAGCGGGUGAAAAGGAUGAGGAAGGACUUCAAAUCUCUCAGCAAAUCUUAGAAAUGAUUCCCGAUAUCCACUCGUUAUGGAACUACCGAAGAGAAAUUUUGGAACACCUAAAGGAGGUUGUGAGUGAGGAUGAGCUGCAGAGGCGCUUGGAGUCGGAGCGUUUCCUUACUGAGACGUGCCUUCGUGCCAAUCCCAAGUCCUACUGCGCCUGGCACCACCGUUCCUGGACCAUGGACCACAUGCCCCGCCCGGAUUGGCAGCGAGAGCUCACCCUUUGCACUAAAUUCCUCAGCCUGGACGAGCGCAACUUCCACUGCUGGGACUACCGGCGCUUCGUGGUCCGCCGUGCUCAGGUUCCGGCACAGAAGGAGCUGGACUUCACGGACGAGAAGAUCGCCGUCAACUUCUCCAACUACUCAUGCUGGCACUACCGGAGCAAACUUCUGCCCGUGGUGCAGCCCGACCCGAUGGGUGUGCGCCCUGUCACGGAGGCCAAACAUAAGGAGGAGCUGGAGCUGGUGCAGAACGCGGCUUUCACGGACCCGACAGACCAGAGCGCGUGGUUCUACCAGCGCUGGCUGCUGGGGCGCAGUCGCCCCUGCCAGGCCAUUACCCGCGCCCUGCUCUCGACGGGGAGGUGCUUGGCGACCCUGGUGCACCCAAUCCGCGCGCCGCUCGGUCUCCAGUUCCUGAUUGGGGCCGGGAGGGAACCUCUGGCAGGAACGUGGCGAACCGCUGAUGGGCAGUCUUCCAGCAGUGUGUGGGUGUUCACGCCGACAUUGCCACUGCCCCAACCGUUGCCCGGGCCUGUGUACCUCGGGCUGGAUGUGGACGGGCACAGCGUCACCGCGGAGCUCGAGGUGUCCGCCGACGGCUUGAGCGCGCUGCUCGCCGUGGCCCCAGACUUUGGCGCGCCCCUGUCUCCGGCCCUGUCCUCGGUCAUGCUGGAGGAGUUGGACGCGUGCAAGCAGCUGCUCGAGUUCGACCCUGAUAGCAAAUGGACGUUGCUCACGACGGUGCUGCUGAUGCAAACCAUCGACCGCCACGUGUACGAGGCAGAGACUAUGCACACCUUGGACGAGCUGGUGGAGCUGGACUACCAGCGCGCCAACUACUACAGGGACCUGAGGAGUCGUCUUCUGGUCGAGUACACCUUAGAGCGCCAACGGGGUGACGUCGUGGACCUCACCGGGUUGUCGCUGACUGCCCUCUACCACGCGCCCCUGCUCGCCCUCGUGAAGACCCUUAUCCUCAAUGACAACCACCUGCGAAGGCCCCUCUCCCACCUGGCCGCUCUUCAGUGUUGCGAGUCUCUGUCGCUGGACCGGAAUGAGGUGUCCUCCCUUGCUGGGUGGCCGGCUAUGCCUAGUUUACGCAGCCUCUCGCUACGGGAAAACGCCCUGGAUGAUUUGGAGUGUUUGGCAACCUUGUCUGCCUGUCCCUGCUUACAAAUCCUCGACCUUAGAGGCAAUCCUGUUGCUAAGGGAGACCAAAAAGAAUUCCAGAAGAAGGUGCUUGCGAUCCUGCCUAGCCUGAGCACACUCAAUGGAGAGCAUAUCUAGCCCGCGCUACCAAAACUAGUAUCAACACUAAUUUAUAAGACUAAUUUUCAAAUUGCCUCUACUGUAUUUUUUUGUAAUAAUAAUUGCAUUCCUGUUCUACCGGUGGUGACCGAAAAGCUCCGUCUUCCUUGUAGAUGUACUGUACCGCAUGCACGUGCUCGGGCGGGUUUGCAUAUCCUCUUAAACCAUGGCCGCGUGGCUCCGAGUAUGCUACCCGCCCAAAACGUGUGUUUUCGGUACAGUAUAUCUGAAUUGGAUGAGGAGGAUUUUAAGCCACCUGGUACCUGUGAUUUGUUAAGGAUAUUUAUCGAGGGAUAUCGCUGAGGCAUAUGCCAUAAGUCAUCAGUACACAUGUUAUUUUCUAUCACUGUAGUGAUUUAGGGUAGUGUGAAAUUUAAAACCACCACACGGCUUGUGGUUCCUAAUUACAAUAAUUGUAUUUUUCCAAACUGUUCAUUGAACUAUUGAAUAAAAAUCUGAAAGCAAAGAC